CCGCACCUGGGCGCCAGCACCGUCGAGGCCCAGGAGAACGUCAGCCUCGAUGUCUGCUCCCAGAUACUCACCAUCCUGCUCGGCGGCCUGCCACCUCCGCCAUCAACACGCCUUGAUCCUCCCGGAGGAGUACCGCAAGCUGCAGCCCUAUGUCAAGCUCGUCGAGCGCAUGGGUGCCUGUACACGCAGCACUAUGCCUCGGCUGGCCGGAACAGCGGCGGCGGAGGCGGCGGCGGCGGCCUGCUUGGUGGCACCAAGUUCGAGCUUGUCUACGAGGGAGAGCUGUCGGGCGUGUCCAACACGCGCCCGCUCUUUGCCGCCCUGGUCAAAGGGCUGGUGUCAGUCAUUACCGACUUGGGUGGGCGAGAUGUCAACAUUGUCAACGCGACCCUCAUAGCCAAGGAGAAGGGCAUCGUCAUCAACGAGGUCCACGAGCGCGGCGGCAGCGGCGACAGGACGUCCUCCGGUGCAUAUGCGAGCCUGGUCACACUGCGCCGUGGUGCCAAUCGUAGCGGUGGGCAGAUGAUCCAGGGCUACGUGUCGGGCAAGAACAUCUACAUCUCAAAGCUGGGGCGGUUCAUGUCGAGUUUCGUCCCCGAGAGCUCCCUGCUCAUCUUGCACAACUACGAUGAGCCGGGAAAGAUCGGUGGCGUGGGGUUGGUACUGGGAAAGCAUGGAAUCAAUAUCCGGUCCAUGCAGGUUACUAGCCUGGAGGAGGAGGAAAGCGAGCCUGAGGGGAAGGAGAUGGACUCUGCUGCGCUCAUGAUCUUGGGCGUCAGCGGGACUGUCAGUCGUGCUGUCGUGGAGGAUCUCGAGCGUUCGGAGGGUAUCCUGGACGUCAGUCUUGUGCAGCUC